AGCUAUUUUGUAACGGACUAUGACCCAACCAUUGAAGACAGUUACACAAAACAGUGUGUUAUCGAUGACGUGCCCGCCAAAUUGGACAUCCUCGAUACAGCUGGCCAAGAGGAAUUUAGUGCGAUGCGUGAGCAAUAUAUGCGUUCGGGCGAAGGAUUUUUGCUUGUUUAUUCGCUAACGGAUCACAACAGUUUUGCCGAAAUCAGUAAAUUUCAGAAACAAAUUCUACGUGUGAAGGACAGAGAUGAAUUCCCUAUGUUGCUGGUUGGAAAUAAAUCAGAUUUGGAACAUCAGCGUCGGGUGUCAUUGGAAGAAGCGCAACAGUUCAGUUGUUCCGUGGGAAUGCCGUAUAUUGAAUGCAGUGCAAAGUUACGCAUCAAUGUGGACCAAGCAUUUCAUGAGCUCGUCCGUAUCAUUCGGAAGUUCCAAAUAGCCGAACGACCCUACAUCGAAGAUACUUAUAAGCGUAAAUCGAAGAAGAAGUGUUGCAUUUUAUAGAAGUAAAACGGAGAAGCAAAGUGGCCAAGGAUUGACGCGACCGAUUUCAAUCAAUUCCGAAUUACGUCUCAUCCUCAUUACUACACUACACAAACACUUCUACCAACGUUUUCAUACCAUUUACCACAUAUUCACAUUGAUUUUUGCAAUGAGAUUCUUUUUUAUAUAUCGAACGGUUCCCAGUGCCUUUUAUAUUUUCGUUUCACCCUUUGUUUCGGAUGUAUAGAUUUUUUUUAAUUUUUUUUAUUUUGUUUGAUGUUUUUAAAACUACUUAAAUAAUUUAUUUAAACGUAAACGACUGAGAAGACCAUUCUUUUCAAUGCAACGGAGUAACUUAAUUCGAUUGAACACGUAUUUUUUUAUAUUUUGAUGACUGUAUUGUUUUUUUUUUAUGAGCUGUUAUUUUUAAUUUUUCUACAUGCACUUCACACACGAAAAUUGCGUUUCAUAAAAUUAAGUCAAAUUAAAAAAGUGCCUUUUUUAAAUUAUUUUUUUUUGUAUUUUUUCACACUUUUAUCUAAAAUGUUACAAAUAAAUUUGAUGAUUAGAUUUAUGAAAUAUCAAAAUAUUUGUACGUGUGCAAUUUGAAUUAUCACAAUGACUAAAAAUAGCCAUUUCAAUUACAAAUUCCAUAUCAACAGUAACACAUCAGCUUUAUUCACGAUUUCGUGCAAUUCUUUUUUAAAAAAGAUGUUACAUAAUGAGAAAUAGUAUGUGUCAAAUCGGAUGUAAAAAAAAAGAAAGUAUUUUAUAACAUUUACACUUUAGAACAAAUAACUACUAUAUAGAAACUCUGCCAAAUUCUCAAAUCAAAGCAUGUAAAUUUGCUUCGCCAUUUCACAGAAAUAGAUCUGACAAACUAUAAACAAAUAAAAAAAAUUACAAUAUUAAAAGUACUAAACCAAAA